UCUUUUUUUGUAUAUAAACCAAAACCCUAAUAAAAUCAUAUUCUUCUUCUACAAUCGCCCUCAUUUUGCUCCGCCGUCAGCCACCGUAAUCCUCCGCAUCGUCAAUGGCUUCAGAACGGAAGCAAGCGAAUCCGAUGAGGGAGAUUAAGGUUCAGAAACUGGUUCUCAACAUCUCCGUCGGUGAAAGUGGUGAUCGUCUUACUCGUGCUGCUAAGGUUUUGGAGCAAUUGAGUGGCCAAUCUCCUGUGUUUUCCAAGGCAAGGUACACGGUGAGAUCUUUCGGUAUCAGGCGUAACGAAAAGAUUGCGUGCUAUGUCACUGUUAGGGGAGACAAGGCAAUGCAGCUCUUGGAAAGUGGCUUGAAAGUCAAGGAAUACGAGCUUUUGAGACGCAACUUCAGUGACACCGGUUGCUUUGGUUUUGGUAUUCAAGAACACAUUGAUCUUGGUAUCAAGUAUGACCCGUCAACUGGUAUCUAUGGUAUGGACUUCUUUGUGGUUCUAGAGAGGCCAGGGUACCGUGUGGGCCGCAGACGUAGGUGCAAGGCCCGUGUUGGCAUUCAGCACAGAGUUACAAAGGAGGAUGCAAUGAAGUGGUUCCAGGUGAAGUAUGAAGGAGUUAUCCUCAACAAAUCCCAACAAAUCGGAGCAUAGAAAAACUUAUAUUUACUGUAAGUUUCGUUGGGUGGUUAAUUGUCACUCGGCUCGUAUUAAUCCAUUUUUGUCUUUUGGUUCUAUUUUCGACUAGUAAUCGCCAAUCGGGUUAUAUUAUCUUGUUACAAUAGUUGUUUUUAGGAUGGAAAUCAUGGAAACGCCUUUGUUUUUCUCAAAUGCUUUCUUAUUACCAUGUUUGAAAAAUGCUAUUUUGAUUA